AUGGCCCCCCGUCGCCGCCCCCCACCGUCCCUACUAACCACCCUCGACACCUUAACCACAACCCCACCCCCAGCCCCGCUCCCAGCAACACAGUUCAUAGCGCGCGUCCUCGAAAGCACCGGCAAGCACCUGUACCGCGUAGAGUCCCCGAAAGGGCAGGAGCUCCUCGUGGAGUUGCCAAAGAUGUACCGCAGCGUCGUGUGGGUCCGUAGGAACCGAUUCGUCUUGAUCGAUACGGAGGGGUUCGGUGGCGAGGAGGGGAGGGUUAGGGGGGAGAUUAAGGUUGUGGUUAGGGGGGAGAAGGAGUGGAUGAGGAUGGGGUAUUGGUAGGUUUUUCUUCUUCCGGCGGUUGACGGGGAGGGGGAGGGAGAAGGGGCUAAUGUAGGGGGGGGUGGGUGGGUAGGCCGAAGCAUUUCACUAUCGGGUAUGAAGGCGAGGACGAGAUGUAUGAGGGGCAGGAGGAAUCGGUUGUUGGGAAGAUGCCGCCAGGUUCAGAUGAUGAUGAGGAGUCGGAGUGAUACCUACAUGCUGACGCCCGAUCCGGUAUCAUUGACCAUCACCUCAUGUACUAAUACCGGUAUGUAUGAUACAUUACAAGUACCCGCCAUAUACGAAUACAAACUCUUAGACUC